AUGGCGACCAUGGUGAAGGUUGCCAACCGCCGAGAUAUGACAGGCACACCGCACCAGGGCCGGAACGUUCCACCAGACGCGAUAAAAUCAAAGGAGGGCAGGGCAGCCAUGGGAUGGGAUGGAUAUGGGGGUAAUGCAGUGGUUAUUCUCAUACUCACUAGAUCACAGAUCAGCUCAGACACCGGAGUGUCUGCUGGAGACGCUCGUUCAAGACGAAACGAGAAGAGAGCAGGACGUAGCUGCAGCGGGGAGGGUUGGGAGGAUGGCAGGGGAGAAAGGAGCGCGGAAGAGGGAAGAGAUAAAAUGGGCCAUAAGACCAGAGUUAUCUUAAAUUACACCCCUGUACGCGUAACUCAGAGGCUGUUGCAGGUUGAACGUACGUCCACAACAGAAAAGAAAAGAGACAUCCCGCAUCGAAAAGAGCCAACAACGAAGACAAAAAAAAGAAAGAAAGACAGAAAGAAGGAAGAACCAAAGAUGUCCUUCCGCCCAGCCUCCGAAAUCCAAAUUAGUCGACAUUUGAUCCCCGCCUGGCGUCGCCUCCCCAACACAUCCAUCCAAAACAAGCCCCUGCUGAUCUACCACUCCGCCUUUAACGCUUCCGCUGCUCAGCUCUCCGCCCGCCUCGAUGAAGUCGGCGUUGUUGUUCCCCAGUGGCAGUACACCAUGUAUCGCCAGACACACUUCCACUCGACCACCCACGAGAUCCUGGGCGUCAUCUCCGGCCGCGCGCGUCUCUGCUUCGGGGGGGAAGAGAAUCCCGGCCGGGUCGAGACUAUUGUCGAGCAAGGCGAUCUGAUGAUUCUUCCCGCAGGGGUUGCCCACCGCCUGUUGGAGGAUUUGAGUGGUGGCCGGUUCAAGAUGUUGGGGUCGUAUCCACGAGGGAAGAGCUGGGACAUGUGCUACGGGGCCGAUAACGAGAACGAAGAAGAACUGAGGAAGAACAUCGAGAUGCAGGGAUGGUUUGACCAAGAUCCACUGUAUGGAAAGGAUGGCCCUGCCGUGCACGUCUGA